AAUAAUAUUUAUCAGAAAAUGUUAUUAAAAAGUUUGAUACUGAUUAAUAAUUUAAUAUUUACGUUCGGAAUAACGUCAUAAUGCAGGGUGAAGAAAGAAAAUGAUGUAUAAUUAAAAACAUGCUACCAUUUGAUCUAUAUCAAGACAAAACCGCGUGAGAAAUCAAUGUUGUAUAGUAAAUUAUAUCCGUUACCUCGUUUUAAGUACUAUUUGAAUAUAUUUUUUUGUAUAUACACGUGCGCAAAUGCAUAUAAUAUUUAUAGAGAAAUUGUAGAUGAACAUGUGUAACUAUCAAGUGCGAAAUAUAGAAAUAAUCGUGGAAAUAUAAAAAAAGUAAAAAGUAGGUAGCAGAGAUUGAUUUUUUUGUAAAGAUCAUGUCUUGGAUAGCAAAGAAUUCGUUGAGUUGGCUGCAAACUCUAGCAAUCAAAGUGCUGAAAACAGGCCAUGUGCCGAAACACGUAGCCAUAAUCAUGGAUGGCAAUAGAAGAUAUGCUAAUAAAGCUAAGGUUGAACAAGUUGAAGGACACACAAAAGGUUUUGAAAAACUUGCAGAAACUUUUCAAUGGUGUCUAGAAUUUGGUAUUCUAGAAGUUACAGUUUAUGCGUUUAGUAUAGAAAACUUCAAACGAAGUAAAAAAGAGGUAGAUUGUCUUAUGAACCUUACUAAACAGAAACUUCAAAGAUUAUUGGAUGAAAGAGAAAAAAUGAUGGAAUAUGGUGUAUGUGUUAGAGUAAUAGGUAAUUUAUCUCUUGUACCUCAAGAUAUCCGUAUACUUAUGGCUGAAGCAAUGCGGAUCACUAAACAUAAUAAUAGAGCAUUUUUAAAUGUAGCAUUUUCUUAUUCAUCAAGAGAUGAGAUAACCAAUGCAGUGAGAGAUGUUAUUAGAAGUGUGAAAGAUGGUGAUAUAACAACAGAUGAUGUAGAUGAAAAUCUUAUAUCUAAGUGCCUUUAUACGUACAAAUCAGAAGAUCCAGAUUUACUUAUUCGUACCUCUGGAGAGGUUCGUUUUAGUGACUUUCUAAUGUGGCAAACAAGCUACACAUGCAUUUACUUUACAAAAGUUUUUUGGCCUGAAUUCAAUGCUUGGGAUCUUAUUUAUGCAGUAUUUUAUUAUCAAAGGUGUUAUAGUGAUAUGGUAAAAAUGAAGGAUGAUUGUCAAGAUAAUGUUUCAAUGUUAAAUAAUAAAACUAAAAAAUUUAUUUAUAAAUUAUAUAAAGAGAGGGAAAUACUGUUUGAAAAUGUAUCAACAAUUCCAAUGAUAGAGUGAAAUAUUAAUA